CCGCGGUCACGCGUCCGGCCACUGGGUCCGCGGGCAGGUGGUGUCCGGGGACUCAGGUGGUGCGCACCGCUGGGGCCGAGCGGCCGGGCGGGGACCCUGAACCGUGAAGUCCGGCCCAGGGGCAGGGCCCGUGACUGGCCUCACCGCCCCUCCGUGGCUCCCGCGCGCCGACCUGGACCCCGGCCCCGGGCGGGCAUUCGCAGGGGCUGCCUCGGCGCGGCAGGACGAUGGGCCGCCUGGACGGGAAGGUGGUGGUGCUGACCGCGGCAGCGCAGGGCAUCGGCCGCGCAGCCGCCCUGGCUUUCGCGAGGGAAGGCGCCAGGGUGAUCGCCACGGACAUCAACGCGUCCAAGCUGCAGGAGCUGGACGGGCACCCGGGCAUCCAGACCCGCGUCCUGGACGUGACGAAGAAAAAGCAGAUCGAUCAGUUUGCCGGCGAGGUGGAGCGGGUGGAUGUGCUCUUCAACGUCGCCGGGUUCGUGCAUCACGGCACCAUCCUGGACUGUGCGGAGCAGGACUGGGACUUCUCCAUGAGCCUCAACGUGCGCAGCAUGUACCUGAUGAUCAAGGCCUUCCUGCCCAAGAUGCUGGCCCAGAAAGCCGGCAACAUCAUCAACAUGUCCUCGGUGGCGUCCAGCAUCAAAGGAGUGACGAACAGAUGCGUGUACAGCGCCAGCAAGGCGGCGGUGAUCGGGCUCACCAAGGCGGUGGCGGCCGACUUCAUCCAGCAGGGCAUCCGCUGCAACUGCGUGUGCCCGGGAACGGUGGACACCCCGUCUCUGCAGGAAAGGAUCCAGGCCCGGCCGGACCCCGCUGAGGCGCUGAGCGAUUUCCUGAAGCGGCAGAAGACCGGCCGGUUCGCCACCUCGGAGGAGGUGGCGCUGCUGUGCGUGUACCUGGCCUCCGACGAGUCCGCCUACAUCACGGGGAGCCCCGUGGUCAUCGACGGGGGCUGGAGCCUGUGAGUCCAGGCCCCCUCUGUCCUCCCGCCCACCCGGACCUGCUGGCAGGAGCCAGACUCCACUCUUCUGUCCAGCGCUUUGUAGACGAGACCAACGGGGACGCUCGCGGUGGCCGGCACGUGCCUGCGUGUGUGAGACGCCACUCCCGUCCCUGGCGCUGCCAGAGAGCCAUCACAGCCCCAAGAAUCAUUUUAAGAAAAACCCCUGAUUUGUAAGAACA